AAGCGAAGGGAACCCAAUUCGGCACCAUAUUGAAGAAGGUUCGUUAACGUUCAUGUUAAAAUCAAGUAUGGCACUAGAAUUUAUCGGCGGAGCACUGUUUACGCUGCUCUACGAUGGCGUUAAGCAAGCCAUGAGCAAGAGCGGCACCUUUAAAUCCCUUCUCAGAGAUCUCAAUUCCACCCUAGACGCUUUGGUAGACAUCCAACAAAUUAGAGAGUUUAACGUCGAAUUGGGUCUCCCAAAUGAGGAAAUCGAAGGUCUCAAAAUGCUAAUGGAGGAAGGUGUAAAGCUCGUUGAGAAGCUCUCGAACUUUCGCAUGUGGAACUACUUCUGCUUAAAUGAUUACACUGAGCAAAUUGCUGAAUUGAAUAGGGCUCUGAAAAGAUUGUUGCAAAAAUUGAAGUUCGAAGAAUCAAGGGAUGUGAAGGAGUUGUUGCUUUUGGGAAGGCAAAACCGAGACAAGCUCGAUGAAGUGAAUAGAAGACAGUUGGAUAUAGAGAAGUUGUUCCAGGAGAGAGCAGGGGAUGUCAUGGAGAGCUCGGUUUCAGGCGGCAAUGCGGAGACGGUGCGGGAGCAAAGUCAAGGGAAUGGUGAGCAACCAGUGACGUCAUUCGACAGAGGGACUUCUCUACAUGCAGUUUUUGUUGUGUUGUUUGAUGUGGUUAUACAAGUGAAGGAAAAGACUACGGUUUUUAAACCCUUCCUUGAAGAUAUCAAAUCCACACUAGAUAUCUUAAAACCAUUGAUCGAAGAGAUUGCAAAGCAUAACAAAGUAUUAGAUCGCCCAAAGGAGGAACUUGAAAAUUUUAGAAAUCAAAUGGAAAAGGGUGUAGAGCUCAUCCGCAAGUGCUUCCAGGUUCGUUUGUGGUCCAGCUGCAAACAGUAUAAAUACACCGACAAACUUAUGGGAUUGGAUGAAUCUCUUCAAAAAAUGUUAAAUAUACUCAAAGCGCAGGUAGCAAGAGAUCUCAAGGAGACAUUGGUUUCAAUCAAAAAAAUAGAAGGGGUGAUCAAGAAAAUUGAAGAAAGUGGUCUGGUGCGAGAUCAAAUUCAAACUAAAGGUUUCGGGUGCAUUACCUGAACCUUUAUCGCCUAGAGUUGGAUUGGAUAUAAUGAACAUGCAAGGAACAAGGGAUGUGAAAGAGGCAUUGGUUUCAUGUAGGAAUACUAAUUCUAGUCCAUGUUUUUAAAUAAAAAGUAAAAGCAGUUGUGUUGUGUGGACGAUAAAUUUGUGUCACAUUUUUAAAUAAAUAUUGUUGUAUAGAUAAUAUUGGGUUAGUUAUCGACUGCUUAUUUCUCAUUGGCUUUGUGUAGACCAGGUGCUUUGCUGCAUCAUAUGGUAUUAUUGGGUUUAUAAUAAAUAAUAUUGGACUGGAUAAAACCUUUUCUUAUUUGAGUUCUAUGUAUGCACUUUGUACCUAUGAUAUUCCAUUUAGAUUUGAUUGUA